AUGUCCAAAUUCGGGACGCUGGUGAUGGUGCCUCUCAUCCAACACCUGCAAAACACGAAGCGCCCGUGCUUCUACGUGAACCUCGACCCCGCCGCCGAAGAGUUCGCCUUCGAGCCCGACCUCGACAUCAAAGACCUAAUCAGCCUCGAAGAUGUCAUGGAAGAAAUGAGCCUCGGCCCCAACGGCGGGCUCAUCUACUGCUUCGAGUUCCUCAUGGAGAACCUCGACUUCCUGACCGAUCCGCUCGAGGAAGUCACCGAGGACUACCUGAUCGUCUUCGACAUGCCCGGCCAGAUCGAGCUGUAUACCCACGUGCCUAUCCUGCCGGGCCUCGUCAAGACGCUCAUGCAUGGCUCGCUCAACAUCCGCAUGUGCGCGGCAUAUCUGCUCGAAGCCACAUUUGUCAUCGACCGCCCCAAGUUCUUCGCCGGCACGCUGUCUGCUAUGAGCGCGAUGAUGAUGCUGGAGAUGCCGCAUAUAAAUAUCCUGAGCAAGAUGGAUCUGGUAAAGGGCCAAGUGGCUAAGCGCGACUUGAAACGCUUCGUAGAUGUCGACGCCGACUUGAUCGACGACGACCCGGCGCGGAAAGUGGCGACGGAGGAGGAGCAGAAGAAGUUUAUCGACCCGGCGUCAACGGAUAGCUUGAUGAACGGCGCGUCGUUUCAUAAGCUCAACAAGGCAGUGGCGGAGCUGAUUGAUGGCUUCAGCAUGGUGUCUUUCUUGAAGCUGGAUGUGCAGGAUGAGCAUAGUCUGGGUGCCGUGCUUAGUUACAUCGAUGACGCGAUUCAGUUCCACGAAGCGCAGGAGCCCAAGGAGCCCAAGGAGUUUGACGUCGACGUUGAAGGAUGA